AUCCAAGAAAGCACUCCUGGCCAAAAUCAAGGGGAAGCUACUGCCACUUCGUACUGUACAAGGAGAACAAGGAUACUAUGGAUGCCAUUAAUGUCCUGUCCAAAUUUUUAAGAGUGAAGCCAAACAUAUUUUCCUACAUGGGAACUAAAGACAAAAGGGCCAUAACAGUUCAAGAGAUCGCUGUUCUUAGAAUCACUGCACAAAGACUUGCUCAUUUGAAUAAAUGUUUGAUGAACUUCAAGUUAGGAAAUUUCAGUUACAAGAACCAUCCACUGAAACUAGGAGAACUUCAAGGGAACCAUUUCACUGUUGUUCUCAGAAACAUAACAGGAACUGAUGACCAGAUAGAGCAAGCAAUGCACUCUCUCAGGGAAAUUGGAUUCAUUAAUUACUAUGGAAUGCAAAGAUUUGGAACCACAGCUGUUCCUACAUAUCAAAUUGGCAGAGCUAUUCUACAGAACAAUUGGAACGAAGUAAUGGAUUUGAUAUUAAAACCACGACCAGGAGCUGAAAAGGGAUACUUGGUAAAAUGCAGAGAAGAAUGGGCAAAGACUAAAGAUCCGGCAGCAGCCCUCAAGAAACUACCUGUAAAAAGGUGCGUGGAAGGACAGCUUCUACGUGGGCUCUUAAAGUAUGGAAUGAAGAACAUAAUCUCUGCAUUUGGCAUAAUACCAAGAAAUAAUCGUUUAAUGUAUAUUCAUAGCUACCAGAGUUAUGUUUGGAAUAAUAUGGUGAGCAAGAGAAUAGAAGAAUAUGGACUUAGAGCUGUACCAGGAGAUCUCACACUUAAAGGAGCCACAGCUGUUCAUAUCGAAGAAGGAGAUGUUGAUAACUACACUAUCCAUGACGUAGUGAUGCCUUUGCCUGGAUUUGAUGUUAUUUAUCCAAAGCAUAAAAUUGGUGAGGCCUACAAGGAAAUGCUAGUAGCUGACAAUCUUGACAUCAACAACAUGAGGCAUAAAAUCAGAGAUUAUUCACUUUCUGGAGCAUACAGAAAGAUUAUUAUUCGACCUCAGAAUGUCAGUUGGGAGGUUGUUGCAUAUAACGAUCCCAAAAUCCCAUUAUUUACUACGGAUUUGGAUAAGCUGGAAGGAAAACCAUUACCAGUUCUUCCUACAGAUGGCAAAUUCAGAGCACUGAAGAUGGAGUUCUCCCUUCCCCCAUCCACUUACGCUACCAUGGCGAUUCGAGAAGUUUUGAAAAUGGACACAAGCAUAAAAAACCAGACACAACUGAAUACCACCUGGUUACGCUGAAUGAACUGAAACAAGUUACUUUGGUUUUAACAUAUAAAGUGCUUUCCUAUUCACAUGUUCUGUUUAAA